AUGGCGAACAAGGCCGUUUUCGGCGCCUUCGCGGCGGUCCUUUUGGUGGCCGCGGUGAUCGGCGUCAUCGCCACGGUGAUGAACAACACCCACAAGCCGUUGUCGACGUCGGAGAACCCCUCGCUGUCUUCUACAUCCGUUAAAUCCCUCUGCGCCCAGACUGACUACAGCGACGUGUGCAUGCGCACCGUCGGCGCCGUCAACUCCUCUGCCUCCGACCCCAGGGCCUUAAUCCAGGCCGCCUUCCAGGCUGCCCUGGACGAGGUCAACUCGGCGGUCCACCUCACCAACAACGUCAGCGCCGGCGCCACCGACCAGUUCAACAAGAACGCCUUCGCCGACUGCAAGUCGCUGCUGGAGUACGCCAACGAGGAGCUACGGGCGGCCAUGAUAGUGUCGGACGACGCCGACGGCGUGGGUCGCCGCGCCGACGACAUCAAGGCCUGGCUCUCCGCCGUCAUCACGUACCAGGAGACCUGCAUCGACGGCAUCACGCAGCCGGAGCUGCAGGACUCGAUGAGGAGCGGCAUGGAGACGGCGGCGCAGGUCACCAGCAACGCCAUCGCAUUCGUCGACGCCCUCAGCUCGCUCUUCAAGUCCUUCGACUUGAACAGCCUCAACAUCACGACCUCAGGCCGGCGACUCCUGUCGGAAGAAGUCGGAAAGUACCCGACGUGGUUGGCGGCGCACGACAGGAAGCUGUUGGCGGCGCAAUCGAGGGGGCAACUGAGGCCCAACGUGGUGGUGGCGCAGGACGGCAGCGGCAACUUCAAGUCCAUAAAUGAUGCGCUCAGAGCCAUGCCUAAACGGUACUCCGGCAGGUACGUGAUCUACGUGAAGGCAGGCAUCUACAAGGAGUACGUCAUGGUCACCAAGGACAUGAACCAAGUCUUCAUGUACGGAGAUGGCCCUAGAAGGACCAUUGUCACCGGGAGCAAGAACUUCGUCGACGGCGUCGGCACUAUGAACACGGCCACAUUCGCUGUCGUGGGACAGGGCUUCAUCGCCAAGUCCAUGGGAUUCAGCAACACAGCCGGAGCCAUCAAGCACCAAGCGGUGGCGCUCCGAGUGCAGGCCGACAUGGCCGCCUUCUUCAACUGCCGGAUGGACGGCUACCAGGACACGCUGUACGUGCACGCCCUACGCCAAUUCUACCGCAACUGCAUCAUCUCCGGCACCGUCGACUUCAUCUUCGGCGACUCCGCCGCCGUCUUACAGAACUGCCUCAUCGUCGUGCGCCGCCCCAUGGACAACCAGCAGAACACCAUCACGGCUCACGGCCGCACACAGGCCAAGGAAGGCACCGGACUCGUCAUCCAUAACUGCCGCAUCGUCCCCGACAAGAGGCUGUUCCCCGACCGGUUCAAGAUCCCCAGCUUCCUGGGUCGCCCAUGGAAGGCCUACUCCCGCACCGUCAUCAUGGAAUCCAUCAUCGGCGACCUGAUCCGUCCCGAAGGGUGGAUGCCGUGGGACGGCAGCCUGUACCUUGACUCUCUGUACUACGCCGAGUACGGAAACCGAGGCCCCGGCGCCGGCACCAGCGGCCGCAUCCACUGGCGUGGAUUCCGUGUCAUCAACAAGCAAACGGCCCAACAAUUCACGGUGAAUAACUUCAUCGGCGGCAACCAGUGGGUCCCUUACGCCGGCAUUAACUUCCUUGGCGGCCUCAAUUUGAAACGUGACAAAAUUGAUUGGUGGGUUGUUUGUAAAACGAAAGCACGGAAAAAAAUAGAGGAACAUUGGGAAGACAUUGCAUAUCAACCAGAGGAGGUUGCAAAUACAUUUCAGACCGAGGAAUAUAUUAUUCCAACAUUACGAGAUCCCAGCGGAGUAGUGAUAAAUGUGGAUGCCAGUGAGUUUCAUGAGGAUGAUGAUGACAAGGAUGAGGAGGACGAGGAGGAUGAGAACUUUGAUUUUUAA